AUGGAUCUAGAGCAUCCCAUCCCGCCCUUGAACGUGAACAAACUUGUUUCGUCUGAGUCGUUUGACUUUUCAGAGUCACCGUCAGACCCCGUCCAGAAAAUGCUCAAGCGGAGAUCGCUGAUUCAAGCCGCCAACAACGCCGCUCUCAAACACCAGCGCAAGAAGGAAACCGACCCUGGCCUCGAAACGCCUCCGCCAUCGCCAGGUUUGGAGCAAGCUUCCCAAACUCAACUUGACAACUCCACCUCUUCUUCCCACAACACACUCAACAACGACAUGGAGAGCUCUCCUCGAACGGCAGGCUCCAACUACACGUCGUCCAUCAACAUCGAGUCGCCACCGGACUCGCUGCAACAGGGCGCAGACACACAGUCGCCCCCGUCGUCUCGACAAACAUCGGUGGCCUCGUACGACUCCAACGCGACCGACAUUGAGUCGCGCAACUCGCUGAACUCGGUCUUUUUCGACUCCAAGGAGGCACCCGCAGACCCGCGCAAGAUCACAAAGAAGGAAAUCAAGCAGCGCGAAAACAUCAGCGAGCUUUCAACUACCCCAGGCUCGCCCGACGGCACAGAAACAACCUCAGCGACAAUCACAGCAUCCGCAGCCACCGCCUCGGCCGCAGCAACGUCCGAAAUGAACUCCAUGUACCCAUUUCUCAGAGCCGUGCACGCGUUCGACGCGCGCUCUCUCGAGACACACGACAAGGACUCUGUCUGUCUCUCCUUUAAACAGACAGACUGCAUUUUGCUACAUGGCAUGGACGUGUCCGGAUGGGGAGACGCCACUCUGCUACACACUGGUGAGCGAGGCUGGGUACCCACAAACUUCUUCCAGCCCUUCCAGGACCCAGAAGCAAAUGCCCUGCUGGUAGCCGUGCAGAAGUUUGCUACCAACCCCAAAUGUCACCCUACAAAGAACGGCCACACCUUUUCGCAAAACUCGGUCAACUCGGUCAUUGCAGGCGUCCGAGCAUUACUUCAGGCCUGCGGUGCCCUCACACGUGACUCCCCAGCCGUACGAAGCUCCAACUCGACGAAAAAAUUCAGAAAGAUGCUACUUGCCGAACUAGCCGUGUUUGUGGGACAGGCCCGGGAGUCUAAGAACUCGACUGACGACGCACUUAUCCAAUCGCUGGUUCAAAGCUGCUACAACGUGGUGUGUCGAGCUGUCGUGUUUCUCGACAUCUACAAUCUCAAGCGAGACAAGUACGGCUCAUCUCUAGGCAACUCGCUGGAUGCAACGGCGCGACACUCCGUUGCAUCCUCUCAGAGCAUGCGUUCCGAUACCAGCACGUCCAGCCAUGGACGUGUUUCUGGUCGAAGCUCACGCUCUGGGCCUCCCUCGUCUCCUAGAAAGGAUUCAGCCACAGGCGAAGACUCUCGUCAGUCUCUUGUUCUUCACAAGACUGCCCCCUUUGCCAAUGCUCGUCUGGACGAGGUGUAUGACGCCCUGAUGGCAUACUUAAGUCUGAUUCUGCGUCUGCUCAAUUUGCUCGACACGUCUCAGGAUGACGGCCAGACCAUUUCAUCCCAGAUUCUGUACAUCGCCCGAAAGAGUAUCGUUGCUUCUCGAGCUCUGAUUUCCGCCACUGAGGACGUUUCCAAUAGAACUCCCCGUACUCGACGAGCUGAACUAGAAGCCACCAAGGACAGGCUAUACCGAUUGGCCACCAAGUUGUGUGCCACCACUCGAGAGCUUGUGAUUGAUGAGGGCGCUACCCCCGAGUACGCCAACGAGCUUGUGCGUGUGGUCAACAAGUGUGCAAAGACAGCUGGAGAGUGUGUUUCUCGCUCCAAGUCUGUCUUGGAGUCCACUGGUGACUUCCAGCUGAGCAGUGACAGACCCUACCCCGACCUCAGAGGUACUACCGUGACUAUCAACUCGUUCUACAACUUACGACCUGACUCUGCUCGAGUCGGCGAGUCUACUGCUUCCGAAGCCGAGGAGGAGGCUCCUCCUUCCACUGCUGACACUGACGAUACGACCCAGCUAACCAUGCAUUCGAACGCUUCCACAGAGAGCACUGCGACUGUCGACAAGCCUUAUUACAAGCUGACAUCGGCUGCUCGUCUUCGUCGAUCCGUCGUGAUUGACGAGGAAGGAGAUGAAGGCAACUCCACAGUCGGUAACGAUGAUGAUAACACGGCUGUAAACGAACUGGGACAAGAACAGGUGCAAGAUGGAGACAAAGAGAAGCACGCCUCUUUGCUGCCUCCCUUGCCUCAUGUGAUUCCAAUGAGCCAGGGUGAGGCUGUUCUCAUCAGCGAGGAGGUCGGCGAUGUCAGUGGAAUCACCAUGGCUUCGGCGGAUGACGACACUGUGGAUCUGUCGACGUUUGAUCCUGCCAGCAAUAAUCUUGCCGCUGUUUCUGUGGAGGACCAGCUCAUUGUCGGUGACCAGGGACAGAUUCAGGGAGGUUCCAUCCAGGCUCUUGUGAAGCACAUCACCUCGACCGUCGACCCUUUCUUUGUGUCCGUUUUCUUCCUGUCUUUCCGACGCUUCUGCACUCCCAUUGAGCUUGCUGAGUUUCUGGUUGAACGGUCUCAGAAGCCCGACGAGGAUGUCGUCAUCCGAGUGUUCAACACCUUCAAGCAGUGGCUCGAGUCGUACUGGAAGGCUGGCGACGCUGAGGCUCUUCCACUGAUGCGAUCUUUCGCAGAGACUCUGGCCAAGGAGCACAACAACUCCGCUACUGUGCUCAAAACUUUGGUGACCAAGGCCCAGGAUCCCAAUUACAAGCCUCCCAUCCAAAAGUGGGUUGCUGUAGCAAACACCGGUCGUCCUGCAAUGUCCAUCUAUAACUCUGGAGCUGUUCCUUCCAGCAACGUGAGCAAGUCUCAGCUGACGAUGAUCACCAGAUUUUUCGACAACGUUGCCAACGCUGCAUCUGAUGCUGGCAAUCGACGAACUGCUUCUCUGACCUCCAACCCCAACUGGGCUGCCCUUCGAAAUGUGAUUUCGCCCGAGGCCACUAUUUCAAUCGUUGGCUUCGAUGCCUUUGACAUUGCGCGACAGUUGACUCUCAUUGACAAUGAGCUGUUUUGUAAGAUCAAAACGGAGGAGUUUAUGGACCUCAACUUCGCCAGCAAGAAGCGAAAGCUCGGCAACGCGCAGAACAUUGGAGCUAUGACUCUCAACACCAACAAGCUCAGUGCUCUGGUGGGAGACUCCAUUCUGCGUCACGGGCUGAACGCCAAGCAGCGAAAGAACAUUCUCAAGCAGUGGAUCAGGAUUGGCGACAAGUGUCUGGAGCUGGGCAACUUCAACUCACUGCUCACCAUUGUCAGUGCUCUUCAGUCGGUGUCCAUUAUGCGACUUCGAAAGACGUGGGAGAUGCUGUCUCCUCGGUACCAGACCCUCUUUGCGUCUCUCAAGGCCAUUGUUCUGCCCGAGAAGAAUUUUGUGGCGUACCGGUCUCGAAUCCGGCAGCAAGACAUUCCUUGUGUGCCUUACCUUGGUGUCUAUCUGACCGACCUGACCUUCAUCGAGGAGGGUAACGCCGACAAGCGUCUGUACAUUCCUAAAGGAGGCGAUGGACAUGCGCCUUCCGUGUCUGUCAUCAACUUUGACAAGCAUGCUCGAACCGCGAAGAUCAUUGGCGAGAUCCAGCGAUUCCAGAUCCCCUACCGUCUUCAGCCCGUCAAGGAACUACAGCAGUGGCUCCACAUGGAGAUGGACCGUGCUCAGAGUCUGAUCAGUGAAGACAGUAACGGGCUGUGGCGACGAUCUUGCAUUGUCGAGCCCAAGUAA